UCUUUCGUAGUACUGUUUUUUAGUUAUUUAUUGGGUUUUGAGGAAAAUUUUGAGCUGAGCAAUUUUUGCCACUUGAGGUUUGGUUCUUUUGCAUCUCUUCUUGUUAAGUUAAGUAAAGUAAUGGAAGGAGGAAGUUCAUCAGAACAGUAUCAUCAAUGGAUGUUAAGAGAAAAUCAUGAUUUUGCUGAAGAGAAGAAGCUUGAACUGACUUUAGGUCCACCAGGUGAUGAUCAAGUUCAUCAUCAUCAUCAAGUGCAUAACUACAUGAACUCAUCAGGAACCCACAACUACAGCAACCAGAAUCUUUCAUUUCCAUGGUGUUCUAACUCUUCAUCAACAACACCAUCUGGUCCAUCUCCUAUAAUUUUUCAUACUCAGCAGAAGCAGUAUCUUGAUUUUGCAGCAGCAACCCCACAACAAAAUCUUUGUGCAGGAUGUUCUGAAAAAGCAGUAGAGUUGCAGAACAACAACAAGACUGACAAUAACAAGGCAUGUUUUGCAGCAGCAACUCCUGCUGCUGCAACAAUUACAGCUGCAAACAACAGUAUUUCCCAGAAAAGGACUAGUACUACUGCUGCUGCUGCACCAGUUGUUGGAUGGCCACCAAUUCGGUCAUAUAGGAAAAAUCUUUCAAAUUCUGCAACAAAGCAAGUUGCUGAAUUAGAGAAGGGAAAGAUGCCCAAGGAGAAUUGUGUGAAGCCUCCAGAAAAUUGCAGGAGGAAAGGUUUGUUUGUGAAGAUCAACAUGGAUGGAGUUCCAAUUGGAAGGAAAGUUGAUAUUGAUGCUUAUGAUAGUUAUGAUAAGCUUUCUUUUGCUGUUGAUGAGCUCUUCAGAUCUCUUCUUGCAGCUGAAAGAGACACUUCUAGCUGUGGAAUUCAUAACAAGAAAGUUGAAGUUAAAGCAAUUACGGGUUUAUUAGACUGUGGCGGAGAAUAUACUCUGGUUUAUGAGGAUAAUGAAGGAGAUAGGAUGCUGGUUGGUGAUGUCCCAUGGGAUAUGUUUGCUUCCACAGUAAAGAGGUUGCGUGUAUUGAAGAGCUCUGAACUUUCUACAUUAUGCCUUUGCAGCAGUAAGCAAGACAGUACAAUUCGCGCCUCUGCAGUUAAAUGAAGGCUAGGAGGAUUCUCGCUGUUAGAAGUUUAAUUUUCAGCUCUCGCCUAACAAAGAUCGGUGGCGUAGUUACAGACUUCUGAAUAGUUUCUCUUUUGUGGAUGGAAGAAAUUUGUGUAAUCUUCUGUUAUUAAUGGUUCGUAGAGAGAUUAGAGCUACAUUGAUACUUCAUAGACGAUGCAAAAGAACUCCAAGAAUCUUGUCUGUCAUAAUAGAAAGGAAUAGUUCUACAGAAAA